AUGUAUGUUACAAUUCCGAUUAUGCAAUUCGCUUUACUCUUUCUUUCGAUCGAACGUUUGUCGAAACAUUUUGAUUUGUCAAUGACCUGUUUGAAGAUUUUCACAAAACCUUACUUAAUCCAACUGAUUCUCUGUAUUAUUUGGAUUGUGCUCAUUGCUCUACUUGUGACAUUUAUGUUUAUUAAGAAGCAAUUCUCAUUCAAUUUUAUCAAAGACAAGGCUUAUAGUUUAGCACCACCUCUUGUGGGCGAUGUUGUACAUAAACUCGCAUCGCGUCGACAUCAUUGCUCAAUCGAUGGUCGAUUAUCAUCAAUAUUGAAAGCUGUUCUCAUUAUCUUAUUUAUUUUUUUGAUUGUUAAACCGAUACUGUUUUCUCUGGGUUUCAAUCUGUUAUCACCAUUUUGUUGUCGUGGAAAAAGAAAAAAAAGUGAAAAACAAGGUGAUCGUCGAACGACAACAUUAGUAACAAUAUUUCUUUUGUUAAAUUUAUUUUUCUCCUUUCCAUUCUAUUUUGUGUCAAUGUUUAACAAUAUAUUAACACGUAUUGAUUCGACGAAAGACACAUUUUCGCUGGUACUAAAAAUAUGUUUUAUAUUACGAAUAACAAAUAUUAUAUUUGAAUGUUUGGCAUUUUACAUAUUCGAGAGAAAUUCAUGGAAUUUAUUGAGCAAGUUAUUUUAUUAUAUUACAUGCAAGAAGUUUGAAAGUUUCAAGUCAUUAUCGGAUGAUGAUACAAUGUAUACGAAAGAUCCUGCUGUCAUAGCUUUUAUCAACAAUACACGACGAGAGUCGAACGAGGACGACGACGACGAUGACAAUGAUGAUGAGGAUGAUGAGGAUGAUGACGACGACGAUGGAGUUAAAAUAAAGAAGAAACAAAUUACUACGAAAAAGUCAAAGAGACCUGUCAAAAGUAGACCGAAAGAAGACGAAGAACAUGAGGACGAAGAUGAAGAUGAAGAUGACGGUGCUUUUACUAAAAGGAAGAAGAAGCCAUCGGUGACCAAGAGGGAGGAAACAGAAGAUGAAAGUGAUGAUGCGAAGCUUGUGAAAAAACGAACCAAGAAGUCAAGAAAACAAGUUUCAUACGAUGAUGACGAUAAAGAUGAUGAAGACGAUGAUGAUGAUAGUACCAAACGUACCACGACGACAAUCAAAAGAAAAUCUCGGACAAAAGAGGCUGUGAUUGAUGAUAAAGAAGAAGAUGAUAGUGAAAGCGAUCAAGAAGAAGAAAAACAAACAAUAACAACGGUUAGUAGAAGAAAGGCACGUCCAAAAAGUAAGGAAGAAGACGACGAAGAUGAAUUAGCCAUAAUUAGACGAAAAUCAGAUCACAAAAUUGAAGAAGAUGAUGACGAUGGAGUUCCGAUGAAUACGAGACGGAAAUCGCGUCAAAAGAUUAAAGAAGAAGAAGAAGAAGACGAUAAUGCGGCUCCAUCCAAAAUAAAACGAAAUUCUCAUCUAAAGGUUAAUAAUGAUGACGAAGAAGAAGAAGAAGAAGAAGAGAAAACUCCACCUACGACAAAGCGAAGAUCUCAUCCAAAAUUUGCGAUUGACAUUGAGGAGGAAACUGUUAAGAAACCCAAAUCGCAAGCACAUACAACAGUAACUCGGCAAGAGAAAACGAUUAGAAAGCCUAAAACCAAACCGCAUCAUGACGAUGGCGACAUUCGAAGGUCAAAUGGAAGACCUACUUCAGCUACUGCCCAUCGGCAUACCGACACAAAACGUCAUUCUAUAAAACGUGCUUCUACUCCAGCUGAAAGUGAUGCCGAAAAAGCCUCGAUCGUCAGUCAUACAUCGGCUACAAAUAUCAAACCUAUCAAAACAAAAGCACAUUCAUCGUCGACUGAACAAAAGCGAACUAGAACUGCUUCAACCGAUCCUAAACGAUCCCAUCAUCGAACCGAAUCUUCUCCUACACCUCGACCAAAAACGGAAAACCACCAUCAUCAUCAUCAUCAUACUUCUACUGCGAAAAAGAAAAAACAUUCGAAAGAAGACAGUCGUACUCGAAUACUUAAAAUGUCCGACGAAGUAUAG